GAUACUGCCUCCAGCGGCCCCCUGGUAAUUUGAGUUUGAGACCCCUGACUCAAAGUGUCAGAGGUGUUUUCACAGUUCUGUCUUUUCUCAGGACGAGUUCUCCAGACGACAGAUAUUCAGACUCUUCAUCAGAGUCCAGUGACGACGCCUCCAGCUUGGACAGUCUGUGGCGGUCAAACGGGUUCUGUCUGGAGACUGACUCGAUUUCAGCAACUGAAAGUGACGAGAGACGUUUGGCCAGAAGGAAACUUUUAAUGGCCUGCGCCGUCAGCCUCGUCUUCAUGACCGGAGAGGUGGUUGGUGGGUACGCUGCUCGCAGUCUGGCCAUCAUGACAGAUGCAGCACAUCUUCUCACCGACUUCGGCAGCAUCGCGAUCAGCAUCUUCUCUCUGUGGAUCUCCUCCCGGCCGCAAACACACACCAUGACGUUUGGCUGGCACCGAGCAGAGAUUCUGGGCAUGUUGCUGUCAGUCGUGUCGAUCUGGGCGGUGACGGCGUUGUUGGUGAUCUCGGCCGUUCAGAGGAUCACUGACGGAGACUACGACAUCGACAGUCGGAUCAUGCUCAUCACCUCCGGCUGCGCUGUGGGCGUCAACGUCCUGAUGGUCCUGAUCCUGCAUCAGUCUGGAGCCUCUCACGGUCACAGUCACACGCUUCCCAGCAGCCGGCGUCAGAGGGACGGGCAGCAUCACGGCCACGGGAACGCCAGCGUGAAGGCGGCGUUCAUCCACGUGGUGGGAGAUCUGGUGCAAAGUGUCGGAGUCCUGCUGGCCGCCACCAUCAUCCACUUCUGGCCUGAAUAUAAAGUAGCAGAUCCCAUUUGCACCUUCCUGUUCUCGGCUCUUGUUCUUGGAACGACACUUCCAGUCACGAAAGAUGUUUUCAGAAUCCUGAUGGAGGGAACUCCUGCUGACGUUAACUUCAGCGCUGUGAGAAAUGUGCUGCUGUCUGUGAGAGGAGUUGUGGCCGUUCACAGUCUGCACAUGUGGAGCCUCAACAUGAGUCACUCUUUACUUUCUGUCCACGUGGUCACAGGAGACAAUGCUGACGCUCAGAUCGUCCUCAUGAAGGCAACAAAGCUCCUGCGCUCAGAGUUCGAUUUCUCCAGCGUCACGAUCCAAGUGGAGCGUUAAACAAACGACUGCAAAGACGAUGCUGCUGGUACAACUUAACAUUUUUAUAUUUCAGUUUGUCUGCAACUGUUUUUAAUGCAGGAGCAGAUAAUUACCAGCUGGCGCCUUGCUCUCUGAUGCUUGACUCUUUGAUAGAUAUUUAUUCAAGCUACUGCCAGUCAUUACUUCUGCACAAUAAAGAAUUUAUUUAUGAAGCAGCAGACUGUCAGAUUUUUAUCCGCAGUAGCCUUGAUACCAUAUUAACGUGACCAUUGCACACAGAUCUAACUGUGUAAUGAUCAGUUAA